UUGACCCUGUCGUCCCCUGAGCUAACAACAGUAGUAAGACUGGGCUAGCCGGGAUUGAAGACAGAAAACAGCACUUCUCACGUUGACGUCUGAUUUCUUCCUUUCCUGGAAAUGGGGCAAGAAAAAGAACCGUGAUGCCAGUAGUUUCAGUUUUGGCUGAGGUGGAAAGCAGCUCACAAAAUCUCUCUUUGAAACAAAGCUCAGCUCUUAGGGAGGGAGAGACUCCUGUCCCACCCCAUAUGCACACAGCCAUCCCCAGACAGGACAAGGCUGCCAAGAGCCAUGGCCUCUGCAUUUGAGUGGGCUGCCAAGAACGUGGUUCGAGAGCUGAGCAGAAAUGGGGAGCUCAUCCCUGUGGACAGCCUCAAGAGCUCCACUCACUUCAGUCCCUACUACCUGGUCCGGAAGAAGGCCAGGAGCUCCUUGUUUUGGAGGUCGAAGUAUGUUUGGCUCAAUUUGACUCUCAAGGACAUUCUGGAUCCCAGCUCCCCAGAACCAGAAGUGACCCAGCAUGGACCAUUCCACUUUAAUGAUGAGGUGGAUGGGCAGGUGUCUGGCAGUGUGGAGGUAACUGCCUCUGUGAAGGGGAAGAUUUCAGGACAGACCUCAGUGUCAAACAAAACCAUCCUCGAAGUCAAGACUCUCAUCGUAUCCCCUAACACCUGGGACAGCUUACAGAAGGAAAGAAUGGGCAUCAUGGCACCUGUAGCCCAGACCUCUCAGGGCUCCUGUGAGGAUCAACACUGGCCCAACCAAUCACCUGACAGACUGGAUGGAACAGAAUCUGCAAUGUACCAGUCAGAUUCCUCCAGAGGAACGACAGUCAGCACAGUCUUAGACUUUGAGCAACUUCAGGCUGAGGUGGAGAAUGAACAAAGCCAGCUGACCAUGCUGGACAGGAAGUUACAACAGUUUCUGCUUCAGGCUCUCCUGGGGCUCCUCCAGAGUGAGCAGGAUCUGCUGGAAUUAGAAGACAUGCUAGAACAGAGUUUAUACACUGGGGUACCCCCACAGAAGGUGAAGGGCAUGACAGGCGAUAUCCUAAGUAACCUACAAGACAGGAAUGGACAACUUGUGGAGGAACUAGCAGGGGCAUUCCUCUAUCUCCUUGGGGCUCGGACAGCCCUGAGUGACAUCCAACAUCAACUCCUGAUCCAGUUGCUACAGAAAAAGGAACAGAUCCUGUCCCAGGAGGUAGAACUGGUGAAGGCAGUUCUGAAGGAGAACUUCAAUCAGACCAAGAAGAGGACUUUCUCCCUUCCUUCAAAGCUGCUGUCCUUUGUCCAGGGCCAGGAUGAAAAUUUGACCCUCACAUGUGGCCUGUUGGAAGAGUGUGGACUGUGGCUCUCAGGAGAUGAACCCCAAUUUACCUGGAACCCCAGUGCUCUGUACUCACUUUGUGCACUGCAUGGGAGUCUGGUGAUGCUGCAGGCUCUCACUGAGGCCUGAUGACCUAGCCCCCACUCUCCCCACCCUUUUGAUACCUCCUCCCCCUAUGUCAGCCCCAGGCCCAGUGCAUUAGGGGACAGCCCUAUUUCACAACACAGGAUCAUGACAUUUGUUUGUUGGGCCUUCCCCUGUGCUUCACUAAAAAGAAAUCCCCACUGUGAUGUACUAGACCAGUGGUCAUUCAGCCUCUGCUUGAAGACCCCAUUGCAGGGAAACCCACCACCUCUCUUUUUCUUUUUCUUCAUCUUUUUUUUUAGGCAUUUGGAGCUAAGUGACUCGCCUGGGGUCACACAG